AUGGCGACCGCGUCGACAUAUCUUGCGCAGUCUCUUCGGCAGCUGGUGGACGCGGACGCAUCCCUGCAACUUCACAUACUGGAGCGAGUCUCUGCGCAUGCUGCGUUCCAUGAGCCCACGGCCGCAAUCUCCUGCUCAGUUGGUCCGCAAGCGCCGCUCGACGAUAUGCCUCUGUGGUCUCGUCCUGAAGACUUUCCACCUCUCCCAUACAGUGGACAUGCAAAGGCGCAGUUGGAGUGUGAGCCACCUCUGCGUUGGGUACCGGUGGAGAUGGUGCUGAUGCUGGACGUGUUCGAGGUGGCUCAGCGCCACCCGAGUGGGUGUCAGGCUCUCUUCCUCACUUCCAGCGUCUGCAUUGAGGCCUCUGCCUCUGCGGCGGUGGCCGCGUGGCUGAGCUGCUACGUGACGGGUUUCAUCGAGGAGCGGCGCACCGAGGGUGCAGUGGAGGCUUCCUGUGCAGGGGCGCGGAUGCGGCGCUUGCCGUGGCCGUGGCCCUGGUGCGCGGCGAUUCUGUACAGACAGCUGAAGUGUCAGGUGCGGGUCCUGCUUCUGCGUGUACCUAGCCUGUACACCGCCGUCACCUCUGGCGCAGGAACACGUGCACCCAGCGAGCGCCUCCGCAACGCGCUCCCGGUGACUCCCGCUAUAGUGGCUCCAUCAGCGCCGCCCUCUGGAGAGGCUGACUCCUUGACAGAGCAGCUUAGCUCCAUCGUGCCUCUCUCCACAGAGCUACAACAGCUGCCCAGCGCACGGCUCACGAACACGCGCGUCCCCUGCUGCGCCUAUCCAUCUGAUCGCUUCCUAGAGUCCUCGCACACGGUGCACAUGAUUGGCGUGGUGCACCAAGUCUUCUACGAGGGCCACAGCGCAGCGGUGCCCGCUCCAUGGGUGACUGUGCUGCUUCUGCCAUUGACCGUCUCUCUUCCUCGUUCUGGGUUUGCCAAGUGCGGCAAAGAGCCACCGAGGCGUCGGAAGGUCGACUUGAGCCUCCUCGGUACCCCGCAGCGCAGUGCCGUGGCCGUCAUCGGGGGCGUCAUUUCGGUGUGUGGGCACACGCAGGUUGCACGGCGUCGUGCCUGCGCAAGGGCAGAGGCCGCGGCACCGCUUCGCCUUGGUGGAGUAGUGGAGACGUCGUUGGAAGAGUACGUUGUUGCCACCUGGGCGGCACCCAUGCAGCUUUCAACCGGAAUACGACAAACAAACAGCUGCGCGUGGCUGAGCAGGAGCUGUGCGGGCGUGGCUGUAGAAGAAACAGCAGGUGCUUUUCCUUCAGCGACGGUGGUGACACUAGAUUCUGCGGUGCGGGGGCCUGUGGCAGUGCCACCUCACCACAUACGCAGCGCUGCGGGGGGCGCCGAUAUUGGCUGUUCGGAACACUGCGGUGAUGAGGCGGUGCGAUUGACGGUCGCGGAAGAGGAGACGGCUGCGCGCGUUGCUCUGAUGUCCUGGGAGGGUGCUCGGCUGGCGCUCGGGAUGGCGGCACCAGAGCAGGCAGAGGACAGGGACAGAGCGACCUGGGUAGCACGCUUAUUCAGCGCCUCGCUCGAUUUCCUCGUCGCAUCUCAGCUCGCGCUUGUCUCGGCGCAGAUGGCCGAUGGCGUGGUGGUGCUUGCCGUGGAUGAGGCGGUGCCGGAGUCCCUGCUGACGCGACUUCUGCGGCGGCUCGAUCUUGUGGUGCCGGGCGCGACACUCGAGGUGCCGUCCUCGGCUCUAACGCGCGCCAAGCCGCCGUUUUUUCUCCCCUCGUACCGCAUGCAGCGCGUCCCCGCGCCACCCGCGUCGAGAGCGAACGCGCCAGCAUCAGCAGCGUACGCGGUAGUGGAAACGCCAAUGGGAUCACCUGCUGCGCGUCGGGCGCAGCACCAUCGCGUGCGCACAGGCAGUGCCGUGACUGCUCCGCCACCCCCCUGUUACCCGGAGAUCCUCCAGGGUGGCGUCCUUACGCACGCGAACGGUCGAACUCUCGUCCUGCAACGCAUCGAGGCACUCCCUGCACCGACGCUCAAGCUCCUGCAGGAGGCCUUGCGCGAUGAAGCUAGCGACGUGGAAGAGAUGGAUGUGCCAGUGUUUGUCUCGCAUGAGAGCGAGCGCGCCCUCUGCUCUGGUGUCGACGUGUCGCCAUGCACAGCGAGACAGCAGCAGGGAGAAGCACCGCAGACACCGUCCACAAAUGUCACCGGCGCCACCCGUCGUUUGAUUCGACGCGAGGGAGGUCAAGCAGUGAAGUACUGCGCCACCCACAGCGCUCUGUGCAGCGUACGGCAGGGAGCGUUUCUCACGCAGAAGAGUCAGCUGGUUGAGUUUGCGGAGCGCUGCGACGUUGUUCUGCGCCCGGCGUACGACAUGCGCCGGCAGACGGCGGCGCUGCAGGGCAGCACCGUGCCCGCUUUUUGCGAGCUGCUGCACUCUCGUGGCGAGGCAUGGCUGGGGUUGCUGGGCACGGCGCUGGCGCUUCCUGUGCACAACGCCACCGCUGAUGGCCCUUCAUCCAAACCUGUCGUCACGCCACCAAGCUGUUCCCCCAACGACACACCAACGCUGUCGGAGGCGUGCAACCGACUCCUAAGCACGUACUUCAUCGCGGCCAAGGCCCGGUGUGUAGAGGGCGCCGACGCGAGCAUGAUGAAGACUCUCGUAAAGCUCACUUUGGCACACACGGAGUGGCGCACACGCCUCACGAUGGCCCUUCCGCAGCGGACAGGGCACCCCACAACAGCCUCCUCUCCGACCCGUGCGGUGACGGCGCUGAUCGACGCGGUGGCUGCCGUGGGGCUGUGCGAUGCGACGCUGCACUUCUUCACAGCCAAGACGCUCCUUGGUGAGUGCGUGUUUCGCCUUCUUGAGUCCGAGGCGUGGCCCACGUGGGAGACCGAGUACUGCGGCACCACGCUUUCACAGCAGGCGGAGCGCGGCGUGGGCCGCGCUUUUGUACACGGUGAAGAUGGCAGGCCACCCGACUGGCAGCGGCUCUACGCCGAAGUCGCGCACCGCACGCGCUUCGUGCCGGCAUCGGCGCACACCACAGAGCCGCAGUCGUCCGCCUUCUCGAUCCUGCAGCUGGUUGAGGACUUGCAAGGCCAUCUAGAGCGCACGGUGCAACAGAGCCACCUUGCUUCUUCAUCGACGGAGGGAGGCGUGUGA